GGGUCGCCGCUCUUUCCUAUGGCUGGCCUAUACAGCUCGACUCUGAAGACCCUGGAAGACUUAACCCUGGACUCCGGGUAUGGGGCAGGGGACUCCUGCCGGUCCCUCAGCCUCUCCUCCUCCAAGUCCAACUCGCAAGCCUUCCCGUCCUCCCAGCACAGAGGCAACUGGUGGUGCUACUCGGGCUCCAUGAACAGCCGCAACAACAGCUGGGAUACGGUGAACACAGUUUUGCCGGAGGAUCCUGAGGUUGCGGACAUCUUCGCCAGAUGUGCCAAGCUGCCCGACCUGGAGGAAUUCCCGUGGAGCGAAGACGACGUCGGCAAGGUUCUGAGGCAGGGGAAGGGCGGCAGCAAGCGGGGCUUCGGCCCGGACGCCGUGCGGAGGCUGUCGGUGCUGCUCCGGCGCCCGCUGAUCCGCAUUUCGCGGGAGGCGCAGCGCCUGAGCGUGAUGCACUCCAAGUGCACGCGCUUCGAGGUCCAGAGCGCCCUCAAGCUGAUCCAGAGCUGGGCGCUGUCGGAGAGCUGCCUGCUGGCCACCGUCAAGGCCCUCUCGCUCUACAGCAUGAGCGCCGGCGACGGCCUGAGGCAAGGGAAGUCGGCCCGCUGCGGCCUCACCUUCUCCGUGGGGAGGUUUUUCCGGUGGAUGGUGGACACCAGGAUUUCGGUCAGGAUUCACGAGUACGCGGCCAUCUCUUUAACGGCCUGCAUGGAGAACCUGGUGGAGGAGAUCAUGGCGCGGGUUCUGGCGAGUCAGAGCCCAGACGGGGCCGGCGGAGGGAGCGAGAUAUCGGCUGAGGUCCUGGAGGUGGUAAUCAACAACGACGCGGAGCUUUGGGGAGUGUUGCAGCCCUAUGAGCAUCUCAUCUGCGGAAAGAACGCUAAUGGUGUGCUUUCACUGCCGGCAUACUUCAGCCCUUACAAUGAUGGAUCCAUGGGCAGCAAUGGGCGGGCUGAUGCUUAUGCCCAGCUAGAACUUCGAACGUUAGAGCAGUCUCUCCUGGCAACUUGUGUUGGAAGCAUCUCUGAACUGAGUGAUUUGGUGUCACGAGCAAUGCACCAUAUGCAGUGUUUGAAUUCCCACCACCCAGGCAUGAGCCCUGUUCGACAAACCAAACAGCAGCAGCAACCUAUCUCCUGGUCUCCCGAUGCCCUUCAUACUCUUUAUUAUUUUUUACGCUGCCCUCAGAUGGAGUCAAUGGAAAACCCCAACUUGGAUCCACCAAGGAUGGCUCUAAAUAAUGAGAGGCCCUUCAUGCUUCUCCCCCCACUUAUGGAAUGGAUGCGAGUUGCUAUAACGUAUGCUGAGCACCGACGCAGUUUAACAGUGGACAGUGAUGACAUAAGGCAAACGGCCAGGCUGCUUUUACCAGGGCUGGACUGUGAACCCAGGCAGCUCAAGCCUGAGUGUUGUUUUAGUUCCUUGCGGAGAAUGGAUGCUAAGGCAGCCACUGAAAAAUUCCAGCAAGAUCUGGGGUUUCGAAUGUUGAACUGCGGAAGAACAGAUUUGAUCAAUCAGGCUAUAGCAGUGUUGGGUCCUGAGGGAGUUAAUACAAUGGAUGAUCAGGGUAUGACUCCACUUAUGUAUGCCUGUGCCGCUGGAGAUGAAGCCAUGGUUCAGAUGCUAAUCGAUGCUGGAGCAAAUCUAGAUGUACCUGUCCCUGGUAGUACUUCCCGAUACCCAUCAGUUCACCCUGACAGCCGGCACUGGACUGCGCUCACCUUUGCUGUGUUACAUGGACAUAUCUCUGUGGUUCAGUUGCUGCUGGAUGCAGGAGCCAGUGUUGAGGGCUCUGCUGUGAAUAGUGGAGAAGACAACUACACUGAGACCCCACUUCAGCUGGCUUCGGCAGCAGGCAACUAUGAGAUGGUCAGCUUGCUGUUGAUCAGGGGAGCAGAUCCACUUCUAAGUAUGCUUGAAGCAAAUGGGAUAUCUUCGUCACUUCAUGAAGACAUGAACUGUUUUAGCCAUGCUGCCGCACACGGACAUAGAAAUGUUCUGCUCAAGCUUCUAACCCAGCCACAGCAGUCAAAAGGAGAUGUUCUCUCACUGGAAGAGAUUUUAGCAGAGGGUGUGGAAAGUGAUACUUCCAGCCAGGGAAGCUCCAAUGAGGGUCAAGUUAAGCUAUGUAAAACCAGGAUGAAGGCUUUGCAAGAAGCCAUGUAUUACAGUGCAGAGCAUGGCUAUGUUGAUAUCACGAUGGAUCUCAGAGCACUUGGAAUCCCAUGGAAGCUCCACGUGUGGAUUGAAUCACUACGGACAACCUUUUAUCAGUCUCGUUACUCAGUAGUACAGAACCUCUUGCGAGAAUUUGUCACUAUUAAGGAAGAAGACUACAAUGAGGAGCUGGUUAACGAUGGACUGCAGCUCAUGUUUGAUAUUCUCCGGACUAGCAAAAAUGAGUCAACCAACCUGCAGCUUGCAACUAUUUUCACUCACUGCUAUGGAAGCAGCCCCAUUCCCAGCAUUCCUGAAAUUAGAAAGACCCUACCAGCUCGGUUAGAUCCUCACUUUUUAAAUAACAAAGAUAUGUCCGAUGUUACUUUUCUAGUGGAAGGAAAACUGUUUUAUGCACACAAAGUUCUGUUGGUUACUGCUUCAAACAGAUUUAAGACACUGAUGACCAGUAAAACAGAACAAGACAGCCAAGGCAGUAAGACUAUUGAAAUCAGUGAUAUGAAAUACAAUAUAUUCAAGAUGCUGAUGCAAUAUUUAUAUUAUGGUGGAACAGAAUCUAUGGAAAUUCCUACGACUGAUGUCCUAGAGUUGCUAUCAGCUGCAAGCCUGUUCCAGUUGGAUGGCCUUCAGCGACACUGUGAAAUACUUUGUGCCCAGACCAUCAGCACAGAAAGCUGUGUUAAUAUCUAUAAAUAUGCAAAGAUUCACAAUGCACAUGAGCUUGCCUCGUUUUGUGAGGGCUUCUUCCUCAAGUACAUGAUCUCACUGCUGGAGCAGGAAUCUUUCAAACAGCUCAUUUAUAGCAGGAACAGUAAGGUUCAGGGCCUGGAUCCUCUGCAGGACUUGCAGUCCACUCUGGCUGGCCGACUUCAUUCAAUUUACGUCACUUCAAGAGUGUGAAUAUCAAGAUGCAUCAGCUCAUGGAACUGCAGUAGGAGGGGACCUUGCCAACUAUGGCUUCUGUAGCCGGCUAAUGAGGACCACCUGUUUAUGCAGAAAGAACUCCCUCCAAGAUGAUGCUUCCAGAGCAAAAGAUUUCUCUGGAGAGCAUCUUCAGUUGCCACAACAAAUUGAUCUGGAAACUACAGGAAAAUAAAAGGGAUGUUGCUCAUAUAGUGAUCUGUUUCAGUAGGAAGCAAUCACACAACUCUCCUCUGAAGUCCAGUAUGCAAAAGUUUCUAGGGGGUCAAAACUAAACAUGGCACAAGAGAUGAGGAAGAAAAAAAUAGAGGUGCAGUUGCUGGGCUUCUCUUUUUCUAAUUGGAGCUUCAGAUGAGGCAUGAUGGGAAAGAGCCAAACUCCCCCUCCUUUGGCAACCUGUCUGAGAUCUUUAAAUCAGCCACGUGGAGCUGCUGUUGAACAGAAAAACAUGAGAUCUUAAUCAUGGAUCUCUCACAUUAUGUAGUUUUGACUCCUUUGGUUGCUGGAGAUCUCAAGUGGGCUAUCUAAACCUACAUCUCGGACUGUCCAAAAUGCUUCUCUGAAAUAUCAGUGCAUAGACCACAAUCAGUGAUAAUGAUAGACCAUGUCUAUAAAACACUGUGGAGGCUGAAAGAGCAGAUUUUGGCUAAUCAGGGUCAUUCAUUUUUAUAUAAAUACAAACAACAUGCUACUUCAUUAAUGUAUAGUAAUAACACCUGAUUGCCACACUGCAAACAAAACUAGGCCUCACCUCCUCCUGCUCUUUGCCUGUUAAGGUACACAAAGUUGCUAAUGUGGUUAGAUGAACCACUACUGACUUCUCAGAUGAAUCAUGUAAUAGUAGUGCUACCUAACAGUGUCUACAUUAAUUUUCAUUCAUGAUUAUUGGUGCUCUCAGCACUAGCCAGUAGUUACAGGAUUUAAAACUUAACAAAAAACACGAACAACCCUUACUUACUAGAAUUCAGGGCUGCUUAGAGAAGAGGGUCUUGAGGGACAGAAUUCCAAGGGGCUUCCUGGCAGCCUAUUGACAAAUCCUGUGAUGGAUUUUCAUAUAUCCUGGGGAGUGGGGGAGGGGGUGAGCAGAAACCAUGGUGGCUCUCAGCAGCUCCACUGACAUUUACAUGGUAUCCAAAAUCUUAUGCUGCCCAAGUCAUUCCAGCUUUGACCAUCACAACUGUGAUAACUGCACCAUUGACUGCAGGGCAGGGGAAUAAAUUUUGUCCAAACAUUGCACAGAUACUGUGCUGUAUGUAUUAUUAAGUGCUGGGACCUAAUUUGUAUUGUAUUUGAGCAAUAAUUGCCAUAAACACUUGGUCUCCUGGUUGCUCCUCACCACUGUGCUUACUUCCACACUGAGCACAAAGGCACAAAAAGCCACACAGACCUCAGUCAAGCUAAGGAGAUACAUGUCCAUCAGACUUACAUGUGCAAGACCCACGUGAUAUUGGAAAGUGCAAGUCUAAACUAGAGUCAGUCACUGCUGGUGCCAGGGUUUCUGGUGCCUGCGGCAACCUCUCUGUGCGCAGCGCAAGCUGGGGGCAUUCGCCAGCAGAUGGCUGGGGUGGCGGGUGGAGGCUGCUCCGUGCUCCACACGCCACCCUGGCAGCGGUUCGUGUGGGCGUUUGGCGGCGGCGGCAGUGGCACGGGGCUGGCUGGCUGCAGCAGCUGCGGGCCAGCCAUGCCAGCUCCGCGGCGCUCGCCUCCACCCCCGACACCCCCUCUGGCGCCUCUCCAGUGCCCUCACGCCUGAGGCCACUGCCUACCUGGCCUCUAUGGGCGCACCGGCCCUGGAGUCAGUCCAUCUGCUUUGCAUGGCUUUGAUGGGGAGGCACAGUGUGAUGUGCAUUCAAAUGAAUGACUUACUUACUAAUAGCUUGUUUAUAUGCUAGUACAGCCAGACUGGGGCCAUAAUUUUAAAAACUGUACUGAAAGUAGAUGGUAGCACUGGGAAAUCUCUGACUAUAAAUGGAAAGAAUGUUUUUCACUCCCAGUGAACACUUUGCCAAUGGUGGCUGCCAUCAUUGCAUUCCCUACUGAGGAAUAUGGAGGAGGAAGUGUUUUUUAAAAGAUCCAUAAUGUCAUCUUUGCCAAAGCUUACAAGUGAAAAAUGCUGCUUCUGUUAAAGGGUUCUUGUUGAAUGAAUAAAAGAGGAAGAGAGAAGGCACACAAAGGUAGAAGGAUGGGGCAGGGAGAGGUGUUACAAGUGCAUUAUAGAGUUUCAGGGAAGAUAAUUGAAAGUGUAGUAGAAAUGUGGAGCAGUUGGAUUUAGAAGCAAAGGAAAGGAGUUUUCUUUACAGACUUAGGGUUUUUUCAGCCUUGCAUAGAGUGCCUGCUGUAUUUUGUUAGGCUGUAAUGCCUCUAUUUUCAUGGAGCUUGAGGGAAAAAAUUAAAUAAAAGAUCAACCCUCUUAGGAAAUAACUAAUUGAGGGCUGGUAGCAGCAAUGCAGGUCCAAAGACUUAUUAGCAUUUGAGUUUGGAAAAAGGGAAGAAUGAUUUCUAUUUAUUCUCCUUUCCCAUUCCAGGAAUGAAAGUAGAGGUAGGAUCAAUGUGCUGCAGUGGGAGGGAGAAGUGGGACAGUCCUGUUCAGUGAAGACCGGAUUGUUGGAUAUAUGCCGAUAAUUAUAUUAGUAGAAAGAAUAACAACAGCCAGAGCCAUUCAGCAACAAGGCAAGCCCUCAUCUGUUAAUUGUUAUAUUUCCUCCAAGAAGUUCAUGGGCACUUUAUACGGUUCAUUCCCACACACACGCACACUUUAUCACAUGAUUGAGAAGGGAUUUGAACCUAGUUCAACAUGAUAAUUGACAAGAAAGACAGGUAUGGAACUAAAUCAAAGGAAGGUAACUUUUCCCAUACAUUUAAUUCAUAGUUGGACCAUUUGUAUCUCCACAAUGAAGUGAACAGAGGUUUACUCACUUGGCAUAACAUACUGACAUCAUAUGGUACUGAAAUAUCAUAUAGGAGGAUUGACAAGCUGAAAAAAUUCAUCCGCACAGAAAGCCAGAAGGCACCUCCAUAAGCUGCAUACGUUAAUAGUGGAUCAAGAACAUUCUCAUUGUUCAGAUUGCAUACACAUAUAAGAGAACGUAUAUCCACAAUGGCUGUGCAAGUUGGUCAUUAAACAAAUUGAUGUUGUAUACCUCAAUUCGGGUCUAAAUAUAUACACAUGGUCCUUUCAAUUCUCCCCAAAAAAUCACAGAUUCAAGAUUUGUCACUAGCUUGUUAAAAAACACCUUCAAAGGUUGUACUUCUUGAAAAUAAUUUUCAAAUAGCUUUUUCAGCUAUCUGUACAAAAAAAUUGGAUCUUGUUGUAUUGCUGUAAUAUUGUCUGCUACAUUAACUGUACAUUAAUGUUGUCACUUAUGUAAAUGUACCAGAUUUUAUUAACAACAUAACUUGGUUAAACUUUACAAGUGGUGUAAGAUGGGUUAUUUCUUCAGGGUUUAGGGAAGCGUUAUACUACAAAAGUCAAGCUCUGUGAGCUGAGUGCUGCAUUCAUGGACAUGCUUUAA